UCGGCGAACUAUUAAUGAAGAAGGACCGCGCCUCCCAUCCUGUGCCUUAGAAAACGUGUUUGACGACAAUUCACAAAACCAUCAUCAUCAUCUGGUUUUACUCUCUUUAAACGAACUCAUCUCAUGAUGUGUGAUGAAAAGGGGAUGUUCAGACUACUCCUAAUGUUAGUGAUAGCACGGUGUGCUUCGACUCUAUCCAUCAGCCAUUGGGAUUUGGAAGGUGCAAACAAGACCUGUGAAUGGAUUUCCGGGUGCACACAAGCUAAGAAUUCAAGGAUAGCGGACAACGUGGACUGGAAGGAUAGAAACUGCAUGUGCGACCAGCUGUGCUCAAGAUACGGCGACUGCUGCACCGACUCGCCUCACUUCGACGUCGAUGAACAGAGGAGAGGCUCUGCUUCUUACAAAUGUGUUGAAUUGACGCAGUUCGGUGGAAUUUACAUGCAGACCACAUGCCCUCCGAAAUGGGGCGAUAUGGCUGUACGUGCCGCUUGCGAGAGAGCGAGCGAGAAUCAACGCGAUCCAGUCGCGGGAAUACCGGUGACUAGCAACAACACGGGUAUCACAUACAGGAACAUGUACUGUUCCAUAUGCCACGACGAUCAUUACGAUUUGCACGUCUGGCACCCGAGGAUAGAGUGCGAUAGGGUUCCUUAUCACCUUUCGAGACAAGACAGCCAGAAGCUUUUGGCCUUCGACGAGAAACUCUCAAGUUGGGGUAUAAGACUUGAAGGCGAGUUUUUCAGCUGCGAGAUCGACCCGGUGAUUCCGGAGACGGCCCAGCAUAUAGUGAGACGUUGCCUUCCCAAUUUGAUCAAAACCUGUGCAGUAAAAUGGACCAAUGUGGAAGUGAGAAGUAGAUGCGAAGCCUACACUUCUGUCGUAUACCACGCUUCGGAAUCGUACCGAAAUCCUCAUUGUGCCAUGUGCAACAACGUCCCUCUUCAGUACCUCCGGUGCUCCAUGUUGCUCUUCAGGACUCAUUACAACAAAGAGUUCAGUCCGAUAGCGUUUUCAGUUCUAUUCGACUUAAGUGGAAAACAGGUUGGCAUGGUGGAACCGUGCGGUGAACACCAAUUGUACGAUCCGUUUUUCAAGAGGUGUCGAUCCAUCGUCGCUGAGCUCAAGCGGGACAAGAACACAUAUCUAACGGACAAAGACCCUCACGCGUCGCAACCAGUAACAGAAUUGAUCACGAACAACUCGCUCAGCCAAAACAAUUGCUCCAAGUUCAUUUUGGAAAAAGAAGAAUUCGUUACUGAAAACCAUUCAGUGUACGUCCCCCAGUACAGAAAGAGGUUCGUGGAAGGCGAUUUCUUAAUAACAGACGACGGUCGUCUCGAAAUAUGCGUCGGAACGUUGGGACUCAAAAACGUCGACAAAUUCGGAAUCUACAUGGGCUACGUGACAUACGCAGGCCUCGGCGUUUCCAUUAUUUUCUUGGUCCUUCAUCUUACGGCGUUUUCCCUCGUUUCAGAAAUGAGGAAUUUGUCAGGGAAGAAUCUGGCCUCCCUCUGUGUCUCUUUGUUGGUAGCGUACACAACGUUCAUGGCGGGACAGGUCCUAGAAGGCAUCCCCUGUUUUAUAAUAGCAGUCAUAACAUUUUAUGCGUUUUUGGCUUCGUUCAUGUGGAUGCUCACCAUGGCUUUCGACGUCUGGAGGACGUUGAGAUUGGCGACAGCGGAACUAAGAGUUUCAGCCGGAAAACAAUGGAGAAAGUUUUUCAUUUACUCUGCUUGGAGUUGGUCAGCACCGGCGGUCAUCGUCGCGACGGCGAUCUGGGUCCAGCUCACCCCAGCCGACGUUCCAGAAGACUGGAGGCCCGAAUUCGCCGUCUACUCGUGCUGGUUUGGGAGGAGCAAGCCGCUUUUGGUGUUUUUCGCCACCCCGCUCGCCAUCAUCAUGGGGCUGAACAUCUCUUUUUUCGCCAGUUCCGCUCAUAUGAUUUACUCGACGACUUCCACUACCAAGUUCACUGCCAGUGCAGGCACCCAGAGGGACUUCAGACUGUACGUGCGUCUCGCAGUCGUGAUGGGUCUGACUUGGACGAUGGGCCUUAUUGCCGGCACCUUGGAUGUCGAGGCGCUCUGGUAUGUUUUCAUCGCGCUUAACACUCUGCAAGGAUUGUUUAUUUUCUUGGCGUUCACGUGCACGGACAAAGUGAUCAGAGGUCUCGCAGUCCGCCAUUCGGACGACAAACCCUUGAGACCACCGUCAUUUUCAUGGUCCACAGAUUCGACGCGAAGAUCUCACAUGGGUUCUGAUCAAGCGACUUCAGACACAUUAUACUGACCAAAGCCAAAAUCUGAACAAUAUAUAUAUAUAAAUAUAUUUUUUAAAUAAUAAGGACGUUUGUAAAUAUAAGUUAAGUGUUCCUUCUAAAACAUGUUUUUAAUUGUGUUUUUGUAAAACCUGUCUGAUGUUUGU